ACGUGGGCACGGAACGCGGCAACGUGCACGUGGUCAACAUAGAGACGUUCGCGCUGAGCGGCUACGUCAUCAACUGGAACAAGGCCAUCGAGGUUACGAGAACUAAUCACCCGGGAGCUGUAGUGGAAAUUAGCGACAACCCUUUGGAUGCCAAUAAGCUGCUAGUAGCCUACGAAACCGGACUAGUAGUAGUCUGGGACCUCCGAGCCAAGGCGGCCGAAUGGCGCGGCUCGCUCGGAACCCCGGGCGAAGGCAUCCGCGCGGCCGCUUGGCAACACGAUGGGAAAUUCAUGACGGCGCAUGUGGAUGGAGCGUUGGCGGUGUGGAACACACGUCAACCUAGACCCACAUCGCUAUCCUAUCCUCAUGCAAAAGCGAACAAAGAUGGAAAACUAGAACCUUGCAAACCUAUACACAGACUGGAAUGGAAAACGGCAAAAACAGGGGAAAGCCUAGUAAUAUUCUCCGGCGGGCUGCCAACAGACAAGGCGGGCCGCACGCACAGCAUCACAGUCCUCAACGGCAAAAGCACCACAGUUUUAGAGAUGGAGCACAGUGUGGUUGACUUUGUCACGCUCUGUGAGAGUCCACAUACGGCCGAUUACCAAGAGCCGUACGCGAUCGUGGUGCUACUUCAGAACGACCUGGUGGUGAUAGACCUGCAGACGCCCGGCUACCCUUGCUUCGAGAACCCUUACCCCAUGGACAUACAUGAAUCGCCCGUCACGUGCUGUUCGUACUUCGCCGACUGCCCUUCAGACUUGAUUCCUGCUUUCUAUUCGGUGGGUCGGCAAGGCAACAAGAAGGCGACGGGGUUCAGCGAGAAGGAGUGGCCGAUAAACGGCGGAGAGUGGGCGCCUGCCUCCUGCUCUUACAGCGAAAUUAUACUUACAGGGCAUCAAGAUGGUAGCAUAAAAUUUUGGGAUGCAAGUGCAGGGACCUUACAAAUUUUGUACAAAUUAAAGUGUUCUAAAGUAUUUGAGCGACGCGGUUCAGUGUCUGGCGGCUACGGCGGCGGCGGCAGCGAAGAUUCUCCCUUAGCUAUUCAGCAGGCGGCGCUGUGUGCGGAGUCGAGGCGGCUCUGCGCGGCGCUGCCGCACGGACACGUGGUGCUAUUCAAAUUCAGGAAACAGGACACGCAUGCUGAGACACAUGUAUUAGAAAUCCCAAUGAUAACGGAUUCACUAGAAGAGGAGGCGUCUCCGGAGCCUGAUGGCAGUCGCUCGGCGUCUUUCAGUCGCGGUGGAGACAGUAUAGAGGGAGAGAGUAGGAGAAGUGGUGUAUGGGCGGGUGGAGGCGGCGGCAUGGGCGGGCUGCGCGUGCGCGGCGCCGCAGGCACCGGCGGGGCGAGGCGUGCGGCCGGCUUCCAGGCCGCGCUCGUCGCGCUGCAGCAGGGCGCGCCCAGCCCCAUCACCGCGCUCACCAUCAACUCCUCCUACGGCCUCGUGGUGUAUGGCACGGGCGGCGUGCGGCCGGCUUCCAGGCCGCGCUCGUCGCGCUGCAGCAGGGCGCGCCCAGCCCCAUCACCGCGCUCACCAUCAACUCCUCCUACGGCCUGUGAGUACAGUACAGUGCCCUGCAGUAAUACAGCGUGGUGUAUGGCACGGGCGGCGUGCGGCCGGCUUCCAGGCCGCGCUCGUCGCGCUGCAGCAGGGCGCGCCCAGCCCCAUCACCGCGCUCACCAUCAACUCCUCCUACGGCCUGUGAGUACAGUACAGUGCCCUGCAGUAAUACAGCGUGGUGUAUGGCACGGGCGGCGUGCGGCCGGCUUCCAGGCCGCGCUCGUCGCGCUGCAGCAGGGCGCGCCCAGCCCCAUCACCGCGCUCACCAUCAACUCCUCCUACGGCCUCGUGGUGUAUGGCACGGGCGGCGUGCGGCCGGCUUCCAGGCCGCGCUCGUCGCGCUGCAGCAGGGCGCGCCCAGCCCCAUCACCGCGCUCACCAUCAACUCCUCCUACGGCCUGUGAGUACAGUACAGUGCCCUGCAGUAAUACAGCGUGGUGUAUGGCACGGGCGGCGUGCGGCCGGCUUCCAGGCCGCGCUCGUCGCGCUGCAGCAGGGCGCGCCCAGCCCCAUCACCGCGCUCACCAUCAACUCCUCCUACGGCCUGUGAGUACAGUACAGUGCCCUGCAGUAAUACAGCGUGGUGUAUGGCACGGGCGGCGUGCGGCCGGCUUCCAGGCCGCGCUCGUCGCGCUGCAGCAGGGCGCGCCCAGCCCCAUCACCGCGCUCACCAUCAACUCCUCCUACGGCCUCGUGGUGUAUGACACGGGCGGCGCGCGGCGUGCGGCCGGCUUCCAGGCCGCGCUCGUCGCGCUGCAGCAGGGCGCGCCCAGCCCCAUCACCGCGCUCACCAUCAACUCCUCCUACGGCCUCGUGGUGUAUGGCACGGGCGGCGUGCGGCCGGCUUCCAGGCCGCGCUCGUCGCGCUGCAGCAGGGCGCGCCCAGCCCCAUCACCGCGCUCACCAUCAACUCCUCCUACGGCCUGUGAGUACAGUACAGUGCCCUGCAGUAAUACAGCGUGGUGUAUGGCACGGGCGGCGUGCGGCCGGCUUCCAGGCCGCGCUCGUCGCGCUGCAGCAGGGCGCGCCCAGCCCCAUCACCGCGCUCACCAUCAACUCCUCCUACGGCCUGUGAGUACAGUACAGUGCCCUGCAGUAAUACAGCGUGGUGUAUGGCACGGGCGGCGUGCGGCCGGCUUCCAGGCCGCGCUCGUCGCGCUGCAGCAGGGCGCGCCCAGCCCCAUCACCGCGCUCACCAUCAACUCCUCCUACGGCCUCGUGGUGUAUGGCACGGGCGGCGUGCGGCCGGCUUCCAGGCCGCGCUCGUCGCGCUGCAGCAGGGCGCGCCCAGCCCCAUCACCGCGCUCACCAUCAACUCCUCCUACGGCCUGUGAGUACAGUACAGUGCCCUGCAGUAAUACAGCGUGGUGUAUGGCACGGGCGGCGUGCGGCCGGCUUCCAGGCCGCGCUCGUCGCGCUGCAGCAGGGCGCGCCCAGCCCCAUCACCGCGCUCACCAUCAACUCCUCCUACGGCCUGUGAGUACAGUACAGUGCCCUGCAGUAAUACAGCGUGGUGUAUGGCACGGGCGGCGUGCGGCCGGCUUCCAGGCCGCGCUCGUCGCGCUGCAGCAGGGCGCGCCCAGCCCCAUCACCGCGCUCACCAUCAACUCCUCCUACGGCCUCGUGGUGUAUGGCACGGGCGGCGUGCGGCCGGCUUCCAGGCCGCGCUCGUCGCGCUGCAGCAGGGCGCGCCCAGCCCCAUCACCGCGCUCACCAUCAACUCCUCCUACGGCCUGUGAGUACAGUACAGUGCCCUGCAGUAAUACAGCGUGGUGUAUGGCACGGGCGGCGUGCGGCCGGCUUCCAGGCCGCGCUCGUCGCGCUGCAGCAGGGCGCGCCCAGCCCCAUCACCGCGCUCACCAUCAACUCCUCCUACGGCCUGUGAGUACAGUACAGUGCCCUGCAGUAAUACAGCGUGGUGUAUGGCACGGGCGGCGUGCGGCCGGCUUCCAGGCCGCGCUCGUCGCGCUGCAGCAGGGCGCGCCCAGCCCCAUCACCGCGCUCACCAUCAACUCCUCCUACGGCCUGAUGGCGUGGGGCGGCGAGCGCGGCGUGGUGGUGGUGGACGUGUCGCGGCGCGCCGUGGUGGCGGCGCUGGCCGCGCACGCGCUGUACGGCCCGCUCGACCCCUGGGGCCGCCACGCCGCGCCGCCCGGCGCCGAGCGCGCCCGCGAGCCCAGCCUCGACCAGCUCGAGGACGGCUCGGCGCGCUCUCCUCCCGCCGCCGCGACCGCCCCGGCCGCGCCCAGCCCGGCGGAGCCCGACGACGACGAGCGCCCCAAGCUGGACGCCCGGAGGAAAUCGACGCCCUGGAAGACCUUCAACCUGAAGCGCCAGCUCUCGAAAGUCGACCUCAAACUGAAGGCCGCGUUCGCGGUGCCCUCCGAACCGAACUUGGAAGAGAAGACGGAGGAGCCCGCUAGCACGUCGCAGUUUUACGAUGCGCCGGUAGAGAAAGCGGAGAUCGCGAUAGAAUCGUUGGAAGAGUCGCCCGAGAGUGAAUCGCCGCGCGAGGAUGAGGAGGGAAGCGCGGCGGCGUCCCCGGCGCGCGGGGAUAUGUUCGAGCGCAUGCAUAAAGAGUUACAAGAGCAGGCGCAGCCGGUCCCGAGCCAGCCUGCACCGACGCAGCAGGGCGACGUGUACGACCGCAUGCACAAGGAGCUGCAGGAGCGCUGGCAGGAGCGCGACGAGGCGACGCGGCCCGACUCGCUGGCGCUGGAAGAGGCGCCGGUGCGGCCGCCGCGGGCCCGCGAGCGCGAGCAGCGGCUGCUGUCCGUGCCCAACAUCAAGUACGGCAAGAAGGCGGAGGUGAGGGACCUGCGGCGGCCGGGCGCGGCCGCGGGGGCGCCGCCGGCCUCGGGCAUCGGGAACCUGAUGCGGCGCUUCAGGGAGUAUCUAGCGCGGCUGUGCCCGCGACGCGAGGGGCGAGGGGAGGACGUUGAAGCGCCAGACAAGCUGGACAGCUCGUUCUCGCGCUCGCGGUCCAGCAGCAUGUCCAGCCUGGAGAACAUCUCGCAGGAGGGCAUCCAGUGUCUCGCGUUCGCUGACAGCUAUACGAAGAAGUCAGACCCGACGACGCUGCUGCCGACCCUGUGGAUCGGCACGACGCUGGGCUCCGUGCUCACCAUGAUGAUCAGCCUGCCCGAAGCCGACAAUAGGCAUACACAGCCCGUGGUUGUUUCCAUGAGUGGUGGUCCUAUUUUCAGGUUAAAAGGUUCAAUUCUGGCGAUGUCAUUCCUAGACUGUAAUGGUGCUUUAAUACCUUAUUCAUUUGAGAGUUGGAAAGAUGAUGCGAAAGAUGUAAGAGGAAGCCGCGAACGAACGCCAACGAAGCAAAGCUCAUCGAGCAGCGGCAGCCGCAUGAGUCCCACGCCGGGCGCGGAGGGCGGGAGCGUCGGCGACCGCCAGUUCGUGGUGAUCGCCAGCGAGAAGCAGGCGCGCGUGGUGGCGCUGCCGAGCCAGAACUGCGUUUAUCGACAGCAGAUUGUGGACACUGAUUUCGUUGUUAAGGCUGAGAUUGUUAGCUUGAAAGAUAGUGUAUGUCUUGUCAAUUACCUGUCAACGGGGCACCUGGCCGCGUACAGUUUGCCGUCUCUGCGGCCGCUCGUGCACGUCGACUUCCUCCCACUCUCCGAGCUCAGGAUAGCGAAGACGUUCUGCUUCAGCAACCGCGGGCACGGGCUGUACCUCGCCUCGCCCACCGAAAUACAGAAGUUCACCAUCGACGCCGAGUUCUGCGUGAGUCUCAACGAGAUGCUGGGAGAGUUGUUCCUGCCGCGGGACAUGCCCGAGCCCCCCAAGGAGAGUUUCUUCAGGGGUCUCUUCGGCGGUGGUUCCCGGGCUCUCGACCGCGAAGAACUUUUCGGCGAACAAAGCGGCAAGCCGAACCGCACCGUAGCGAAGGUGAUCCCCGGCCCCAAAGAGAACUUGGAUCAGCUGGGCGCGCGCGCGUCCACGGCGGCCAGCGAGGUGGCGCGCGCGCACAUGCUGGCGCUGGAGCGCGGCGACAAGCUCGGCCAGCUCGAGGACCGCACCGAGCGCAUGUCCAACGAGGCUGCGCAAUUUUCGUCGUCCGCGCACCAGUUGAUGCUCAAAUACAAGGACAAGAAAUGGUACCAGCUGUGAGCUUGCCGGCCUGGACAUGCUGCCGGCCUCGCCGCGGCCUCGCUCGUCGUAGUUUAGUACCGGGCCUCGCGCCCUAGAGCUUAGCUACCCACGUAGAGAUCUUAUGAAUACUUUAGACCCUCUAGCCUCUAGGCGUGACUUGAAAUGAAUGAACGCACAAUGUUCCCGCGGGCAGCGCUGGCGCCGCCGCGUAUCUUCGCUUGCGAAACACCGGACUCUUAUCUUAUGUCUAAGUAACCGUAUCACUAAGAAAUGAUUAACUACUAAAUAGUAUGACGUAUGACAGACAGUUUUAGAUUUUUUUUUCCAGAUAGUGUCGCUAAGAUUUGCAUAUGAAUCGACAAAUCCAGGAUGAAUAUAGAUCAUCAAGACCAAGAAGUGAAAAUGGCGUACUCCCGAUACGGAUUUUCCAUAUAAAAACAGUCCCGAAACUGGGAAUUCCCGUUCUCGCCAUACAAAAUCAGCAGUAGGUAGGUACCUGGAGAAUUCCCUGGUGAAGUACCAUAAUCCAAAACACUUAAAUUUUGCAUCAAUAACCGAAUGAAAUAAUAAUUCUGAAGUUUGCUACCUAAUGUAAUUUUGAAAAUCUGGUGUUUUGUAAACGAAGCCUUCGACUUCGCGCUGAAUCGUUCAAUUAUUUCUGUGCCUAAUAUUCUUACUUCUUUCGGCGGCGCCGGUGCGUUUUCCGGGCGUUCGCGGAGCGUCUCAACCGCUGAUCUUCCCAAACAAUUUUCUGUAGGUCAUCCCCUUGAUAUCGUCAGAGUUAGAAAAGCUCUUCUGACAAACAAACUACGGACGUCCUUUUAUGAUCAUCGAUAUUCAUUAGCUAAAAGCAAAGAUACAUUGAUUGGGUAAGAUGCGUAAAAUCUAAGAUAAUUUCGUGCUUCUAAUUUGACAGGUAAACGAGAUGGAGCUGUAGAGCUCAAUAUUUUGCGGUAACUCUGAUUGUCAAAAGUUGACGUUUGACAAUUCAGUGACCGCAAAACAUAAUGUAUGGCGCAGUACAGCGCCAUCUGUUUUGGAUGUCAAACUAAGGGCCACGUUUUUUUCUUAGACCUUACCUCUCUAUUACAAUCAAUUCUCUUUGCUAAAAGUGACAUCAACAUUAAAAUCACGUGAAACCUACAGCUUGAGAGAUUCUACGAUUUCUUUCCGCCUAUGACGAUAUUCUCUGCAUAAAAAAAGACGCCACUAAGGUUUCACCUAAUAUCGAAGGAUCUUAUAUUUCGUGACCGUGAAAGUCCACCUUUUAAAUAAUUUAAAAGGUGGAGGCUGCGAUUGAGACGUUCCAAAGAUGCCCCAUCCCUUCGCUUCGGUCCGACGGCGCUCGCCGGUGUACAUACUCGUAGCGCCGUUCGUUCACCCGAUGUGAUAAUGUAAAUAAUCGAAAGCAUUAACUAUUGUACUUAACUCUUUUUAUACAAUGUACCUAACGGUAGCCCGCUCUGUCUCCCGUAGAUGCACUCGUAGGACUAGCAUGACCGGCCGGCGCAAAUAUGUCGCUCGAUAAAUUUAUCGCGGCCGACUGUGCUAGUCAUCUCUUAGCGUUUGUGUCUCGCUCGGCCCGCGCCGGUCCGCGACGGCACAGUUAGUUGUAAAUUUUAUAGAUACGAGUAACAAAUGAAAUAAGUAUAAUGGAUAACAAUAAUAGUCGACGAUGUUGAUCUGUAUAAAGUAUUAAGUACAUAAUAAAUAAAGAGAUACUUAUAAAGAUUGGAAAAUUAAGCAUUGGAUGACAAUAAUUUUUGUUACACUCGUCAGUUUGCGCUCGGCCGUCGGUCCGCCGGGCGAAUCCGAUGUCUUACGACACUCAAUUUUACUUCGCAAAUUUUGUCACGGCAAUGCAUUAUAUUUCAGAAACAAGAUUAACGGUAGGAAUACAGACAGUCGGAAUAUAAAUUCGACAGAAUACACGGUCCGUGUUAGCAUAUACAUAGCAUGUAUUUACAAUUAUAUCGUCAUGUUUAUUCCGUGUCAAAAAUUGUCGUUGAGAACUUAGUGACGUAAGCCACGGGUGCCUUCGCAUUACGUUACGCCCCCAGAUCGUUUGUUUAGCAUUUAUUAGUGAAUUAAAGUUAUAUUAUUGUUAGUGUUUAUAAAUAAUCAGACGCGUCAUCGCGACGCACAUACAAAAAAUAGCAAUACUACGUGUGGGUUACCAGCCUAAUGUAAACCAGACCAAUCGGUGUCGUGUCGGUGUUGCUAGCUAAAACAAAUAAUAAGAUAAAUAAAGCGAUAACUACGCUACUAAAAUAACGACUAAAAGCUGUUGUGUAUAUCGCUGGCUCUUUAGGUAAACGGUGGGCAACGCGGCGCUGUUUUUUAUACAAAUUAAGGGCGUACUUGCUAAAGCCAAAAGUUGUUUUUUCGUGCACAUUCCAAUGUGCCCUUUUGGCUUAGAUCUGAUAGCAUAAAUUGUCGUAGGUACCUAUAGCGCGAUAAUGAACGAGCAUCCGUCUCUUACUAUCAAGCGAUGCCACAACGUGAUACGACGUUCUUUAUCUUGUCGCGCCGCGUCCCGCCCUAGCAUAAGUACCGUGUAGUAUAUCGGUGUAUCACAUGGCAAUAAUUUGUAUCUACGCGAAGCCGCUACACUGCUCCGUUGCUUUCCGAUCAUUUAUACCUACUUAUCUUUCUAAACUUCCUUUGGAUAUUGUAUCGUCCAAUGUCAUUUAAUCGCCUUACUUAGCUUCGAUUUUAUACUCUAUAUAGAGAUGCUAGUUCGAUUUAGUUUGUAUUGUACGUAUUAGUUAGCGUCUGUAUAAUAUCUUCAGCUGUAUAAUGUUGGAUGCCAAAGGUUUGUACUAUUUUGACGCUGUGUUAUACAUAAUUGUUACACGAUUUGUAAGCGUAUUUUAUUUUAGUUAGAGUUCCGUUUUUGCAAAUAUGACAACUAGAGUACCUUCAUAGGCUUGCGGUGCAACAGUACCGCUUGUCAAUAUCACUAUCGUAGCUGUUUUUAACCAGAUUAUUUUGGAAUAGAGACCUAUAUCGGAAUCUCCGGAUUUUACUCGAAAGUGGCUAUUUUCAUAGAACUGUUUUCCCUGGUGUUUCCAGGUGUUUUAAAGCUUUUAGGUAUUUCUUUAGAACCCGUACCUGCCGCUCGCGUAUCACUGUAUCGUCGCAUAUCAGUCGAGUAAGGUCCGUUCAAAAUAGCCCUAAAGCGUAAAGUAGAUUUUUCAUUUUCACAAGUCGAGUUAAUAUUAAGGUCCUUUGAAGCAUGUUGAUAUCUCCGUUGAGUAUGAGUCAAGAGUUUAUUUCAGAUGAUAGUCCACUAUGUUACUAGCUUUGUCACGGCAAUUGUCGAUAUGUCGACAAACAUUUUGACAUGAUUCAUGACAUAUUAUCUGCGGGAUUACCAGGAAGCAGUGUCAGAAAAUGACGUUUGAUAAACACGAUCAUCGUAGCCCUGCAGAUUAUUGCAGUCUUCGUCAACUGUGAAAGUCAAUCACGUAAUUGUCGUGGCAAGGUAUUUAAUGGCUUAGCCGGCAACACUUCGGCCAUAGCUUAGAUCUGUCCUAGGCCAGUGUCGUCGGUACAGCCUUUGUUUAUAAAUAAAAUACAUUUAUCUACAGUCCGCCAUGUUGUCUAGUCUCCCCUCCUCGGUCUCCCUCUAACCGAGGCCGCGCUCUACUAGUGUAAAAAGGACAAGUUAAGUUUUCCCAAUUUUAUUAAAUUGUUAUGCAGUUAAAGUUUAUAUUGUAGUUCUGUUCGAGCUAGCCGAGUUCCGAUAAUACGCUGAGAAUUCAUUUGGAAAUUAUGGGACUAAAUUAAGAUAAGAUUGUAAAUAAAUAAAUAACAAAAAAAAACUUGUGGCAAAUUAUUACUUGUUAAUCUGUAAUAAUGGUCGUUAAUUUUAUUAUUUUGUAUCGAUUAAACGACUGUAUCCUUUUUUAAACGUUCGGAAAUGUGGAAAUUAUAAUACUAUAACUAUACAUAUUGUAUAUAAAGGAUGCUGUUGAAUUAUAUUUAUUAUUUAGUUUGGUAGAUGAUUAUUAGUCAUUAUAUAAAAUAAAUUAUAAAAAUAAAAUAUUAUCGAAAUAA